AUGCCAGAGGACCACGUGAACGGAACCUUGGUAGAGAAGGCGCUGGAGAACCUGCCAGACGUGGAGCAUGUGUUCUUGUGGGGAGCAGGAGACGAUGAGGAUGUCAUCAAUGAUCCGCCAACUUCGGUGGUGCCUCUGGUGCGGGGAUCGUCGCCGGAAGUGCCGGACCGUGGAUCGUCGCCGGGGACUCCGGACCGUGGCUCAUCGCCGGAGGGUGGCAUUUGGUACGCAUCCCAGAGGCUUGUUUUUCUCUGGGUCGGUCAGUCGGUCGACUCUCUGCUGUUCUGGUCCAAUGACAUCACCUCUGCAGCCUCCAGCCAUCAGAUUCCAGCCAUCAGAUUCCAGCCACCAGAUUCCAGCCACCAGAUUCCAGCCACCAGAUUCCAGCCACCAGAUUCCAGCCACCAGAUUCCAGCCACCAGAUUCCAGCCAUCAGAUUCCAGCCACCAGAUUCCAGCCAUCAGAUUCCAGCCAUCAGAUUCCAGCCAUCAGAUUCCAGCCACCAGAUUCCAGCCACCAGAUUCCAGCCACCAGAUUCCAGCCACCAGAUUCCAGCCAUCAGAUUCCAGCCAUCAGAUUCCAGCCACCAGAUUCCAGCCACCAGAUUCCAGCCACCAGAUUCCAGCCACCAGAUUCCAGCCAUCAGAUUCCAGCCAUCAGAUUCCAGCCAUCAGAUUCCAGCCACCAGAUUCCAGCCACCAGAUUCCAGCCACCAGAUUCCAGCCACCAGAUUCCAGCCACCAGAUUCCAGCCACCAGAUUCCAGCCAUCAGAUUCCAGCCACCAGAUUCCAGAGAGGUUGCUUGACUUGAAACAGGAGAGGCGAAACGGAUCAGAGGACCAAUACGCGGCGUGGUAAGUGUCCAUGGUUCUUUUUAAUACGUUAAGGUACACAUGAACAACUGACUACAAAAAACAAGAAAUGUGAAAACUCAAAACAGUCCUAUCUGGUACAAAGACAGAGACAGGAACAAUCACCCACAAACACACAGUGAAACCCAGGCUACCUAAGUAUGAUUCUCAAUCAGAGACAACUAAUGACACCUGCCUCUGAUUGAGAACCAUACUAGGCCGAAACAUAGAAAUACCCAAAUCAUAGAAAAACAAACAUAGACUGCCCACCCAACUCACGCCCUGACCAUACUAACUAAAUACAAAACACAGGAAAUAAAGGUCAGAACGUGACAAUUCAGCACAUCUGUUUAAUAGUUGUUAAUUUCCUCACGUUGGUUAUCUUUACACACAGUUUCUCGUGAAAGACGUGAAGCUAAAAGAAGGGGUCAAGGCAGAGGAACGACAUUGAGUUGUAAAACAUUGUUGCCAUGGUGAUUCACGUCCAAUACAGGAGGAAUAUGACGGAUUCAUACGAGGACACUUAUUAUGGACUCAGAGUCAUGCACUGCAUAAAGAGACCCAUCUGUAUAAUAUAAGCCCGAAAAUGCUAUUUACUACACUUAGUCUCAGUGCAAUGCCUUUUAAAGCUAUUUGUCAAUCAGUGAAAAAGCUAAAUAAAUGGGAGUGAGUCAAACAAGGAAGUUGUUUAAAAAAAAAAGAAGUAAAAGCUAUUUUCAAAAGAUUGGUAAAUAAUAUUUUCCAGCUGUCCAGUGUUCUCCGCCGCUACGUAGCUCUUCACACCAGAAACCAGAGC